AUGAAUUACGAAUUUAGGCAUGAGACGGGUUUUAUCAAUAGUCAGCCGUCGCUUGCAGAGUGCCUGACAUCUCUUCUCCCCGUCAGUGAUUCAUUUCAGAGUUCAUCAAUCAAGAGCUCGACGCUGUCCCUCUCCACACGGAUUCCUCCUCCUUUCGAGCAGACCAUACCAAGGCUGAACCCCGGCAGCCUCCCUCGCCACAGCCGGCCCAAAGCGAGCCCGCAUGGCCGCGGCAGCCCGCCGCCGACCGCCUCGCCUCCCCCGGAGUAUCCGUGGAUGAAGGAGAAGAAAGCCUCCAAGAAAAACACCAUCUCACCUUCUGGAGCAGCAGCCCUCGAAGCCGGAUCCGUCUGCUUCUCCCCCAAAGACUUGUCUGAAGUUCCGGAGGGAAGCAGUGGGGCUCGCAGGUUGAGGACCGCGUACACCAACACCCAACUUCUGGAGCUGGAGAAAGAAUUCCACUUCAACAAGUACCUCUGCAGACCCCGGAGGAUUGAGAUCGCCGCUUCGCUUGAUUUGACCGAGCGGCAGGUGAAAGUAUGGUUUCAGAACCGGAGGAUGAAGCACAAAAGACAAACGCAGUGCAAGGAGAACCAGAACGUCGCAGGAGAUGCAGAUGGGGAAGUGGGCUCAGUGUCCGAGCAACAAGGCAUGAUGGCCAGCGCGCCGGGAGCCCUUCUGGAAAGGGAGACCUACGAACUGAGCAAGAACUCAUCUGCUCAUCUGUGUCAGAAUCUGCAGAAUGGAGAUUACCAAAGCUUUGCUGUUUCGACUUUGAACGGCAGUGAGAAAAAUGCGAAACACUUCGCAGAGCCUUCGUCCAACGGCGUGUCGGCGGUGAGGCCCGAGAGCUCGUCCGAUCGCGUGGAGGACGGCGGCGGUACCCCUUUCCCGAACCUCUCCCCUUUCCAGGAUUUCUAUAUUUUCCCCUCUGAUCCCUGCCUCCAGCUUUCGGAUGCGGUCUCUUCGAGUUUCUCGAAAACUCCAGAAAGUUCUGUGGAGAUAUCGACGGACGGGUUGGAUUUUUUCACGGAUUCUCUCACAGCUAUCGACUUCCAGCAUAUGAACAAUUAAUAUUAAUCCGAGGCACACACGUUUAGUGAUCAAGUUAAAGAAAAGACAGUGUGGCUGGUAUAUAUUUUAUUUAUGACUGUAUUUGAAAUAAAAGGAUGAGGUAAGUUUGAAUUAAUUAAAUGCACAAUUCAGUUUCACCUUCAAGUCAAUAUA